CUUCAGGGGUAGAGGGUGUAAGAAGGGAGGGGUGGGGGGAAACAGCAGGACCGCGGUAGUGCGCGCGCCGAACCCUCCGUCUCGGUCACUGACUCCGUGACAUUGCGCUCUAGGAGCCGCAUGAAGCGUAUGCAGGUUCCUUCCUCCGUCUGCUUUUCGUCCCUCCGCGCCCCUCUCGGGCACCCGCCCUCCGGCGUCCUGGCUGUUCCGGCCGUGGCUUUCGGGGCAGUGGCCUGGCUGCUCCUCUGGGCGGCGACUGGACUCACCGGCACUCCCGCCUCGGCCUUGACCUCCUCCCUCACCGAUGCUGGCAUAACAGCUACUUGUUCUGAAAUUAUUUUGAGGCAAGAAGUUUUGAAAGACGGUUUUCACAGAGAUCUUUUAAUAAAAGUGAAAUUUGGAGAAAGCAUUGAGGACUUACAGACCUGCCGACUCUUAAUUAAACAGUACAUCCCGACAGGACUAUUUGUGGAUCCAUAUGAGUUGGCUUCAUUACAAGAGAGAAAUAUAACAGAGGCAAUGAUGGUUUCUGAAAAUUUUAAUAUAGAAGCACCUAACUAUUUGUCUAAGGAAUCUGAAGUUCUCAUUUAUGCCAGACAAGAUUCACAAUGCACUGAUUGUUUUCAAGCUUUUUUGCCUGUGCACUACCGCUAUCAUCGGCCAUAUAGUAAAGAUGGGGAAACUUUUAUUGUGGUCAAUAAUCCAGAUUUAUUAAUGUACUGUGACCAAGAGUUCCCAGUUUUAAAAUGCUGGGCUCAGUCAGAAGUGGCAGCUCCUUGUACUUUGAAGAAUAAAGAUAUCUGCCAAUGGAACAAUAUGAAGUAUAAACCAGUGUAUAAGAAUGUGACUCUACAGGUUCCAGUGGGACUGACUAUACAUAGCUCUUUAGUAUGUUCUGUGACUCUGCUCAUUACAGUCCUGUGUUCUACUUUGAUCCUUGUGGCUGUUUUCAAAUAUGGUCAUUUCUCCCUAUAAAUUUUAUGCAGCUGAAUGCUUUCCAUAAACUUAUAAGGUUAAGACUAGAGAUAUUCUUCUAGAAUUAUGUCAUUACUUUUGUCUUCUGUCUUCAUUUAUUUUUUAAAAAUUUGUUUAUUGGAAUUAUGGCUAAAAUAUGUUUGCUAGAGGAAAUUUUGGAUCUUCCUUAGCUAAUUCCAAAGCGUAGUGCUCUAUUGGAUUGACUCUUGGUAUUCCUCUAGCAUUAAGUGCCAACAGAGGAAACAUAAUUCUGUUAAUAUUUAUUUCAUGAGAAGUGACUUUAUCUUCAUUUGGGACAGAAAAAUGAGUUUUUAAUGUAUUAGAGACAAAUUAUUCUCUUUUUGUGAAUAGAAAUCAUUCAACUUAAGCUAAAAUUUGAGAAAACCAGUAUAAAUAAGAAUGAAAUAAUUUGGAUGAACCAGAGGUUUAUUUAAAUGCUAAUUGUGUGACAAUAUUAAGGCCAGUUAUCUAGAAUUUCAAAGAAAAUCAUUAAGGACAGCUAAGAAAUCAUGUCAAAAUUGAUUAUUCCUUAAAGCGUCUCCAUUCUCCUUUUACAUUUUUUAGUAUUUCUUUUGAAUGUAUGAAUUGGCAUAGGGCUUGAUGAAACUGAAUACUAGAAUUUAGUGUGUAUGUCAGGAAGACAACUUAGAUUACCAUUUUAAAAAGUAUAUUUUAUUAAGCUGUACAUUUACAAAAAAGGGAAACUUCAGGUGAUUUCUUUUUCUUAACAAAGUGUCUUGAUUUACUGCUCUAUGUGUGGAAAAAAAAUAGAAAAUGAAGCAAGUGCCAUGGGCUAAUUAAAAAAUAAAAACUUUAGGGCAAGCAUGUUUCAAAACAGAAGCCAAUAAAUCAGGGUAUUUUAACAUUGUUUUAUGUAGAGUAAUUGGAUGUUUUUAUAUGCAAUCACUACUUAAUUUCCUAAAACGUUCUGGUGUUUUUAUGGAAAUAAAUAUUUUAUAAUGACAUGUAUUGUUUGACUAGUCAUAAUUCUUUUCGAAGGUCUGUUUGAGACUUAAAUACUGUAAAAGGCAGCCCAAUGCUAUAAAGCAGAAAUAUUAGAGAUUUUAAAAAUGAUUAAAAUUUCAAUCCAAGCUAGUUUCGUACAUUUAGUGUUUUCUUAUAAGAAAAAAUUCCAUGUUUUAUGAGCAUUUAUUUCACAAUGAGGCUAAUAAUGUGGCAAUGAAAUGGAAGUUUAAA